AAGCAGUCAAGGGGUUUAACAAAGUUAUUGGUUUCAUAUCAAUGCCCUACCACAUUCCCUAUUAGCACAAGGACCUGCAAGUAAUAUUAGACGCUCUAAAUUAAGGCUGUUGAGACAAUUCACAAGAAACCAUAUCUAUAAUUGUUUAAAAGUAUAUAUACUUAAUGGCUGUUGCAACCAUUCAAAGUUAUGUUGAAUGGUCAUAGUCGCUUUCGAACACGCUUUGAAGUCAGCAAACAUACCAAUCUUCCUACUCAACAGCGUCGUCUCCGUCAUCUUACAUGCAUAAUUGGAAGAAAUAUUGAUGCAAAACUAGUUCCGGUAACUCGACAGAAUAAAUAUUCUCUUCUAAGCUUAUACUUUACACUUCAUGCAUCAGAUAAUCAAAACAAAGCAGUCAAGACAGCCAAUAUCUUUGACUUGCAACCAGCAGUAAAGACAGAUCUCAUUUUAUACAAAAGUGAAGUAAUUGAAAACACACUUAAUCCAAACUGGCGUGAUUUUGAUCCUGAAGUUUUUUUAAAAGACUCAUCCAAGAAAAAAGAUUCUUCUGUUCUUCUUUGUAUAUGGGGGUCUUGCAAAAAUAAUGAUUUCAAAAUAAUAUUAAAUUACCACGUUAAUUUUUCUGGUCUGCAAUAUUUUACAGAGCAGUUACGUUCACAAGACCAUCGCUAUGAAACCAAUUGUAUUUUGUUUCGUUUGUUUGGUGGCUUUUAUUGUGCACCAAAGGACGACUGUGCAAUUGAAAAUGAAGUAAAAAAUCAGUUUGUUAAAGUUCACAUUGACCAACUUAUGCCUUCUUACAAGAAAGCUUCUCUUUUGCGCAUUCAUUCUUCAUUAAAAGCAAUCCAUCAGGCAAAAUUGCAAGUUGAAAAAGUGCAGUAUCAGAUGGUUCAGUUGCUUGCGUCAUCAAAAGAAAAAACGAGAAAAAACACUGAAAAAGAGACAAUUAUAUUGCGAAAUAAACUUAUGCGAGAGGAGUUAAAGGUUCUCAAACAAAAAAUUCUCUAUGAAAGAAGUGCUUCUUCAGAACAGAAUGGAUGGCUAUGUAGUCGAGAGAAUGAGUUAAAAAAAAGAUUGAAAGAGCUAUCUCUGAGUCAAGAAGCCAUGGGAGUCAGUCACACCUUUCACAUUCAGAGAAGGGAGCUUCUUGUUCAAGUUACUGCUCAAAUAAACUACAGAAUACGACAAUUAGCGGCUGACUUGAUUAAUAUUUACACAAUUAGAGAAUUGCCAAUUAACGAAAAAAAUAAACGAGAGUAUACAAUUUGUGGAGUCAGAUUACCAAACUCUGAAGAUUUUAAUGGUGAAGAUGAAACAAUGUUAGCUGUUGCUGUUGGUUAUGUUGCACAUUUAGUUUAUAUGAUGGCGAAGUUUACAGAAUUGCCUCUAAGAUAUCCCAUUUGCCCAAUGGGUUCUCGUUCUUCUGUUCAAGACCUUGUAACUGAUAAACUGACAGACAAAGAAAGGGAGUUUCCUUUAUUUUCAAAAGGGAAAGAGAAGUUUCAUUUUCGAUAUGGAAUGUUUCUGUUAAACAAAAAUAUAGCACAGCUUCGUUACCACAAUAAGUUGGGUACAACAGAUCUGCGAAAUACACUUCUUAAUUUAAAAAAUCUGUUUGAAGCGAAAUUUGGUUUGAGGUUUGAUUUAAAUAACUCCCUUGAUGCUCGAUCUGGUCAAAAUCAAUUUGCGCUUGGUAAUCCUAGCCACCGGCAUUCUUUGCCUUUUGGAGCAAUAAAUUCUGAACCAGUUUCAUUUCAAAGCAGUUCCUCGCUUAAUAAGGAAAACUAUUUUUCGGGACUUCCAAAUGUGCACGUAAAAGCGCAUCAUCAACACCGUUUUAUAGCCAGGAAAAAUGUAAAGCCUAAAAUUCAUAAAUCGCUUAGCCUUCCUAAUGGAUUAACUUCAACGUCUCCAGACCUUAUUCAAACGCCGUUUGAAGAUAUAUUACGGCAAAGUCGGGAAAUUUCUGAUGUAAAGCAGAUACAUUCCUCUAUGACUGCUAUAUCAGAAAUAAAAGUUCACGAACAACUUGAUUCGCAUGAAGACAUUGUAGUGAAAUUAGAUGCGCAAGAAAUUAAACGACAACUUAGUGACGCUCUUAUUAUCCCAGACCCUUUUGAAGAUCAUCAUUUAGAUUUCGAAGAGCGUCAUUUAGAAAAUAUUUUAGUGUAGAUUCUUUUUGCAUCAAUUGUUUUUACUCGCUAAUGGAACUACUUUAUGACCUUUUGUGUUUUAGAUUGUGACAUGACUUAUUUGUGACGUCGCAUUAAUUUUAAUAUUUAUAAUUGUUUAAUUUACAUUUUUCUUUCCUUUUUUUAAAAUAAAACUCAUUCUUCUUUACUUUUUCUUAAUCCUUGACUUGAAGUCGAUGUGUAUAUAACGAAACGAAAAUAGAUAUAACUUACGGUGGAAAACUAACACUUGAAACUGCUGCUAACGACCCCUUGUCAGUCGGCGACGGUUAAUUGUUCAAAGAAAUGGUUUUGUGAGAUAAAAUCUUGUACAAAAUAUAAUAGAUGUAUUAUAACAAAUUUUAAUAAAAUAUUUUUUUAUAUUAACUUUAGUAAAAAUACUUAUUUCUUAA